GUUUAUUGUUUGCAAUACUAUUUAUUCCUGCACCUACGAUUGACUCAUUAAAGCACUUUCUCUAUGCCGGUUGCAACUGACAAUGUCCCAUGUCUGUACCUUAGCUAGGCGUUAGGCUACAUCGAAAUUUUUGCACGGAGCCGGCAACCUCUUUAACCAUUUGUCAAAAUCCCAACUGGGUCAUGGGUGGGGGCACGCGACAUUGUCGCGAGCAGUCCGCGCGCCGGACCAGCGGAGAUGCCAAUUGCCAGCACAGCCGGCGUAAACGUUAUAAGGAAAACAGCCCGAGCUGCUCCUCGUCCUCGGAUAGCGAAUUGGAGGCGUCACCUUUCGUGGGCCGAUACACUGGGUCACAGGAUUGCCUUGCCACAGAAUCGGUACGGCAGGUUGCUACGAUCUGCGGCACACAUACUUACACCAUGAUUGGCUACACACUGGCCCGCGCAAUGGGAAGCGGCACGCGGCUGUGUAGCGACAUGUUUGAAGUGGGCGGGCAGCUCUUUCGGCUGGAGGUCUACCCCGCAGGUCUCAAUGCCGACACGCACAAGUACGUCUCGCUGUUCCUCACAACGUCUGGAAGCACGCGGCCUGGUCACCUGUUGUACGAGCUGAGCAUCGAGGAUAAGAGCAAGCUCAAGCCGCAGCACAUCACCGAGGCACGCACUGCCUCAACGCCCACGGCGCCUACUGAGGCCGCUGCCAUCAUGGCGCCGCAGCCGGGCAUCGUGGCGGGCUUCCCUAAGUUCAUUAAGGCCAACUUCCUGCACCGCAACGCACGCCGCUUCCUGCCAGACGACACUCUGACCGUGAGGGCCACUGUCAAGAUGCUGACCGGCUGGAGCUCCUUCCCAGUGGCGGCCCCGCAGCAGCCGCAGCUCUUCAGCGUGGCACCGGGCACCGCAGCAAUACCCGUACCCAUGCAACUGCUUCCGCCGCAGCUGCCAACGCAAUCACCGCAGCCGCCACAGCUGCCGUACUCACCGCAGCAGCCGCAACCUCAAGCCGUGGCACAUCCUCCCCUCCAGGCGGCCUACAUGGUAGCACCCGGCAUGACGCCCGGCGGCCCCGCCCCGGCUACGGCACCGCCGGCCUUGGGUAGCUACUCGCCGGCAGCAGGCGGCGUCUGCUCAUGUGGAGGCAGCGGAGGUGCCGCCUCGGGGUUAGGGCUAGGGCCGCCGCCGCAGCAGCAGCAGCCGCACGAACAACAGGUGCUGCUGCCGGCCUGGCAGCCCUGUUCCUGCAUGCAGCAGCCGCAGCCGUCGCCGCAGCAAGAGCAGCAACAGCAACAGCCCGUGACGUACGGGGUAUAUCCAGGGCCGUACCAGGAGCAGCAACCACAGCCGCAGCAGCCCCAGCAACAGCAACAGCCCGUGACGUACGGGGUAUAUGCGGGGCCGUAUCAGCAGCAAUCGCCGCAGGCCCAGCAGGAGAAUCAGCAUCCCGUAACAUACGGGGUAUAUUCAGGGGCGUACCAGCUGCAGCCGCAGCAAGAACAGCAGCAGCACGUAGCUUAC